AUGGGUCGAGUUCCCUCGAUUAACGAAUAUUGUGAGACACCGAUCGCUACCACUGAUACUCCGGAGCCCACAACAGAGACUCCUAGCACCCCGGAAGUGCAAUACGCGUCGUCGAACUCCACGUCCAACGACGAGGAGCAGGAGGCUGCAACGGUGGCGCCUUCGAAGGUGACCAAGACGUUAUUAUUUUUAAAGUAA